AUCACUUCUACUUUCAAAGAGCAGGCAGAAAGCAUCAAAGCUUCUUGUUCUGAGCCUUUUCUCAGUUUCACCUUCGGAAAAAGGAUGUGGAAGGUUAUUGUUCCUUUUUUUGCCGCUCUUUUGGCCUUUGGCUUUUGUCAGAUGAUCGCUGGUGGCUUGCAAAAGAUAGAAAAUGCAGAGAACGAUGAGGGGUUCCAGAGAGCUUUGCAGUUUGCCGUUGUCCAACACAACAAUGGGACCAAUGACACGGUCCUCUACCAGGUCCUUAAGGUGGUCUCAGCUGAGCGUCAGGUGGUAGCUGGGACCAGUUACACAAUGACUGUGAUUUUGGGGCGAACCAACUGUGAGAAGGAGGCACCAGCAAAUAACUGUACUGUCCACAAAGAGCCUGGAUUCGCUCAGCCUUACCAGUGCAAAUUCAGAGUGUGGAGUCGCCCAUGGCUUAAUGAUACCCAGCUGACCAAAGAGGAAUGCGGUGAACUCACUUCACAAUGAAAAACAUUUUUCUUCUGAAGAUCUACAAAGUGAUACUAUCUUGACAGGCUCUCAAAAUUCCUUCACUAAAUGCUACUUUCAAACUCUAUUGAAUUUUUCUGCAAUACGAACAAAGGUUUUACUAUAAAAGUAUUCAUUAGAACACAAAAAUAAAAAAUUUAAACUUCCAUGAA